AUGGCUGGCCCAACUCGGCCUUCUGCCUCAUCCAUCCCGGCGAGGCGAACGGGUUUGCGCCAACCGACUCGACGGGCCGGCUCCGCUGCACCAGAACGAGGAGCAUCUCCAACAGUCACUACAAAACCUGCGACGGCGCUAGGUACAAAGGCCGCCGGGCGCCCUUCCAAACUUGGCACUGACCAGGCAAGCUUGGCGGGAAAGCGAAAGGAGAGGGACUUCGAAAGUGAAAUCAACGAGGAUACCAGUAUUCAUGUGGUAGUACGCUGUCGCGGUCGUAAUGAUCGCGAGAUCAAGGAGAACAGUGGAGUUGUCUUGUCAACUCAAGGUGUUAAUGGAAAAUUAGUGGAUCUGUCUAUGGGACCCAAUUCGCUUUCAAAUAAGACAUAUGCUUUCGACAAGGUGUUUUCGCCAGCUGCAGAUCAGACUGUUGUGUAUGAGGAAACUGUGCUGCCAAUUGUCAACGAGAUGCUCGCAGGAUACAACUGUACAGUUUUCGCAUACGGACAAACCGGUACCGGAAAGACGUAUACAAUGUCUGGAGAUAUGACCGAUACACUGGGGAUUCUCUCAGACGAUGCGGGUAUUAUUCCAAGAACGCUCUACUCUUUAUUCAACAAACUCGAGGACACCGACAGCACAGUCAAGUGCUCUUUCAUCGAACUUUACAACGAAGAAUUGCGUGAUUUGCUCGCCUUUGAUGACAGCACGAAGUUGAAGAUUUUUGAAAACGAGAAGAAGGGUCAACCAUCCACCGUGGUCCAAGGAAUGGAGGAGACCUAUAUUCAUUCUGCCUCUUCUGGUAUCAAACUUUUACAGGACGGCAGUCUCAAGCGACAAGUGGCUGCAACAAAAUGCAAUGACCUUAGUUCGCGAAGUCAUACGAUCUUUACAAUUUCGGUUCUCACAAAUCGCACUACAGAGUCCGGUGAGGACUAUGUCAGCCAUGGAAAACUGAACUUGGUGGAUUUGGCUGGUAGCGAGAACAUCGGACGAAGUGGUGCAGAGAACAAGCGAGCGGCUGAAGCAGGGCUGAUCAAUAAGAGUCUGCUUACGCUAGGACGAGUGAUCAAUGCUCUAGUGGACAGAAGCUCACAUAUACCUUAUCGAGAGUCGAAACUCACACGACUAUUGCAAGAUUCCCUGGGUGGUCAUACAAAAACCUGCAUCAUCGCCACCGUUUCUCCGGUGCGAAGCAAUCUGGAAGAAACAAUUUCGACACUGGAUUACGCUUUCCGGGCGAAAAAUAUUCGCAACAAGCCCCAAAUUAACUCACCUGUCGCCAAGAGCAAGUUACUGCGUGAAGUUGGAAUAGAGUACCAAAAGCUCAAGAGUGAGCUUAUUGCUACUCGCCACCGUAACGGUGUUUAUAUGACACCUGCUUCAUACGAAGAGAUGACUAUGGAAAGCGAAUCUCGGCGAAUUGUGAACGAGGAACAGCGGGCCAAGAUUGAAUCAAUGGAAUCCAGCCUACGACACAAAGUUCAGGAAUUAUUUGCUCUCACGGGCAGCUUCAAAACACUGAAGGAGGACAAUGAAACCACUCAGAACACGCUCAGAUCGACCCGCGGCGCUUUGGCGCAAACCGAGCUAAGUCUGAAGAGCGCUUCUGACAAGCUGGAUGAGGAGACGACAGUUCGUAAGGCUCAUCAGUUGACUGAGAACAAACUGCGUGAACUUGGCGAGGACCUCCUAGCAAUCCUGGACGGCACCGUGGAGGACGUUGAUGGGCUGCAUGCUAAAAUCGAGCGCAAGGAUGAUCUGGAAACCGACAACCGCCAAACUUGGCAAAUAUCUACCAAAGAAGUCUGUACUGCUACACAGCAAAUUGAUGCACGCAUGGCAAGCUUUCAAACACAACACGCAAAACUCCUUGAGGGUAUGUCAAGUCGCAUCUACGACUUCGUCGGCAAUGAAAUGACGACCAUCAAAUCGACUAGCACCAAGCUUCAAAAAUCUGAUUCAGUCUUCAAGGAGGUGGAAGCUGCCGCCAUAAGGCAAACCAGCGGGGCUCAUGACGAAAUGAAUGAGGUUCUCGAAGAGAUCAAAGUUCUUCGUGAAGAGGUGAAAUCAAAGGUUGGAGAGGGCCUCAAUGGACUUUCGGCUGCAGCUGCACGUAUUUCGGAGGAAGUUAUUGGUGAAUUUUCAGACUUCCACUCUCAGCUGCACUCUUCCUACAGCUCCUUAGGAAAGGAUUUCAAGACCAUUUUUGAGAAUAUGGCAAAGCAUCUGGAACAACAGAAGACUGAGAUCAGCCGCCUCCGUCAUGAACUGCAAGAAUCCAACCACCAGGCCGUAGAGGCAAGCCGCAAAGCUUCUUCCAACCUAGCCCAGGUAUGGGAGGAAGAGCAGACGCAUGCCCAAACCGAGCGAGACAGCCUUUUAUCCCAGAUCCGUCAUAUGCUAGAGGACUCAAGCCAAAGGCAGUCAGGCCGCAUUAAGAACAAAAUGGAUCGAUUGCGCACAGAUAUUUCCGCCUCUGGGGAUUCCCUCGAGCAAGCCACAGUGCAAUAUGACCGACAAGUUGAUGAAUGGGUUUUCAAGGAGGAGCAAUUUGCGAAAGAUGUCGUGGCAUCCAGGGUUGAGAUCAAGACCAAGAUGCAAAAUGAUUGGGAAGCCUUUGAUCAGCGCAAUGUCUCCAUUCAACGUGCUACUGAGUCUGUCCAUCAAGAAACGGUGCGUAUUGUAGACGCCCAGAUGAGCGACAUGAGCAAGCAAAUGGAAGCCCUUGACGACUUUGUUGCGAAGGCUCGUUCUCAAAACGGUCACUUCCACGAAGCACAACUCCUUAGCCUCGCCGCGAUCACCACGAAUGUCCGGGACUCCCGCGCUGCUAUGCAAACCCAGUUGGAUGGCUUUAGCGAACGCGCUGGUCAACUUCGACAAGAUGCCAACCUGCAUACAACAGGCUUGAAAGACUCCACCACACCUUUACAAGGAGAGGUACGCCGGCCACUGGCUGCCCUCCGAGAAACUAUGCAAAGCCACCCAAUGAAGGAAUACAUUCCUACCGGUGUUACUCCUCAGAAACGCAAAUAUGAGUAUCCUGCCUCUUUGCCACGCACAGAACCGCAUGAUCGUCUUCGUUCUCGCCACCGAACAUCCAAACAGUUUACUGCUCUGCCCUUCAACGAUGAGGAGGAGACACCAACUGCCACUAUUUCCAGCUCUCCUGCCGCAUCUCCGUCCAAGAACUUCGUCUUCAGUGAUCCCGUAGAGCCAGUCGAGGCUCAGCCUUCACCAAACCCUGCGAUUUAUAACAAUAGCGGCCUUAGGGAGGUCGAUAUUAACGUCGCAAAGCCUGUCACCUCCGACCUCGCCGAAGAUAACACCCAGGCUACCAAGCCUAACACCGAGGCGCAGGACGCUUUGGCGAAUUUAAAAUCAACGCCCGAGAAGGACGAGUCUGAGCAGCCACCUGUCAAGCGUCGACAGUCUAGAUCUCAGAGCACAGCAAGUAUUGCGGAAACUAAGCGGCCUCAGAAAAUGCUCUCCAAGAAACUGCCGAGCAUGAUGGAGGGUCGCGAAAAUGUUCCCCUAUCUGGUGUCCCAGGAGGCCGACGGUAUACCCGUAAUCCUCCAUCCAACUAG